GCCCCCAGCAUGGAUACACCGAGCAGGAACAGGCGCUCCGGAGACGCGCGCACCAUGCCGGAGAUUGUUUGGAGCCGCAAUGGGAGUUAACGCAUCCAAGUUUUUCUAGAGUUCCUGUUAUCAGCGUCGCUGGACUAAACAAAGACUUUGGUUUCUCCUUUUUCUCUGUGUGUGUGUCUCUCUCUCUCUCUCUAGAGAGAGAGGGGAGGGGGGGGUUUGUCUGCGUUUUUUUUUUUGUCCGAGGCGUUUCUCACACAGGAUGUUGAUGAUAUUGGAAAGCCGGGUAAGAUCAUAAAGUCAGUUCUCUCUGAUGAGAACGACCUCUUCCUCACCGUUGCCAGUCCGCAAAAGGAACCAUCACGGUACAAGUCCACUUUUUUUUUUUUGUUGCCCCCCUCUCCCUCCCCACGCGCCUUCGUUUUAUUUUUUGAAUGUCAUUAAGAAGCAGAGGGGGCUGUUUCAAAGACAAAAUGGAUCACUUUGCAGCAGAGUGCCUUGUUUCAAUGUCCAGCCGUGCAGUUGUUCACGCUCCUAAAGGCAACAGGGAGAUUAAACCAGAAAUCCCGUCUUCCUCCAAGAACGGAGAGGAAAUAAAGGAGCCUCUGGUGAAGGAUAACUCCUCGCUUUUCGUGGUGGCACGGAUCCUGGCGGAUUUUAACCAGCAGACUCCCAACUGUGUUGCCGAGCAGGCAAAAAUAAAGGAUGAGAGCAUGCCGAACCUCAGAGAUGAUGGAAACUCUGCCACACCUACCACCAUCUCCGAUCCCUCGCUCAAACAAAGAAGCAAAAGAUCGAGAGGUCGAACUGAGCAAGAGCCUCCUCAGAAAAAGCACAAAUGCCACUAUUCAGGUUGUGAAAAAGUUUAUGGCAAAUCAUCCCACCUCAAAGCCCAUCUAAGGACACACACAGGUGAACGGCCCUUCCCGUGCACUUGGCCCAACUGCAGUAAGAAGUUUGCCCGCUCCGACGAGCUGGCCCGGCACUACCGCACCCACACGGGAGAGAAGAAGUUUGUCUGCCCUCUGUGCGACAAGCGCUUCAUGCGCAGCGACCACCUGAUGAAGCACGCCAGGCGCCACUCGGAUUUCCAGCCCGGCAUGCUGAAGAGGCCCCACGCCAGCAGCACCAAACGUCCCAGCUCCCUCAGCGACUACAGCCGCUCGGACGCCUCCAGCCCCACCCUCAGCCCCACCCUCAGCCCCGCCAACUCGCCUUAAAUUCAAACCCCGGUCGCACUUUUCUGCCUCGACAUUUUGUUGCAUAGUUGUCUGCAACCCCCCCCAA